CCCCCCCCCCCGCGCGCGCGCUCUGACCCCCGCCGCAGCAUGAGCUACAGGCUGAUGUCCCGGCGGAAGUCCACGGUCGCGGCCGUACCGAAGCCGACUUCCCCCUCGCCCGGGUCCCCAGCCCCCCCGGGCGGGUCCAUCCCCUCGGCCCUCCAAGCACCGGACCAUGUGCUCAUGCGGCCGAAGGAGCGCACCGUCGAGGGCCUCAAUGAGUACCUGGCCGAGGCCCGGGAGAGCCUCGCCGUGCUGAGCCGCUCGCGCAAGGCCACCAAGAAGGAUCUCGAGGAGGCGGCCCACCGCGUCAAAGUCCUCGAACUGAAGCUGGCCCGGCUCCAGCGUCAGACAGCCUCCAGCAACCUGCCCCCCCUGCCGCCGCCGACGGCCACCGCGGCCCCGGGAUCUGCCUCGCUGCCGCCCCUCAGCGAGUUGGAGGCGGCGCACCACCGCCGCGGCAGCUCGGCCGAUCUGGCCAGCGGCUCGGCCGCCGACCGUCGACUCAGUGUUUCCAGCUUCGAGAGCGCCUCCUCCUCGGCCAGCCUCGACAGCCAGGCCUUUUCGCUGGACGCGCCGUCCCCCUCCUCGCGCGGGCUCUCCAGCCUCCGCCGGUCCCUCUCGCAGUCCUCGAUGUCCGGUCUGGAGGCCGGCUCGGCCGAGGCCGCCCUGGCCGGCACGGCCGAGUGGCUCCCGGCCGAGGUGACCGGCGCCGACUUCACCUCGCUCGUGGCCCUGCUGGCCCAGCCGCACCCCGCCCUCAUGGACGCCCUCGAUGGGUGGGCCCGGUCGCUGGCCGCCACCGCCACCGCCACCCCGCCCGAUGACGAGGCCCCGAGCGCCACCGACGCCGGGCCGGCCGCGGCCGCCCUGCGCGAGUUCUCCCACUGGCUGGGCAACUUCGGCCUGCACAUCCGGUCGGCCAGCCCGGCCGAUGCGCUCCUGGAGCAGGAUGCCCAGGCCGUCACCCAGCCGGCCCUCGAUGCGGACCUCCUCUUCUCGGUCGGGUAUCUGGUCCAGUCGUCGGGCUUCGUGGCCGUGCCCGGGAUGGGCGGCCUCCCGGUCGGCGACGCGGCCGGCGACCUGGCCGAUGCCCCGGCGGCCGACCCCACCGCGCCCUGGGCCGCCAUCGUCCAGGCAGCCCUGGAUGCCGGUGCCGCGGCCGUCCCCCCGCCGGGGGUCGAUCCGCUGGAUGCCGCCGGGCUCGCCCGCUUCCAGACCUUCCUGGCCGAUGUCGUCCAGCCGGCCGACUCGCCCGGCCCCGCUGACAGCGACUCGGCCGAGGCCGAUGCCGCUGCUGCUGCUGCUGCUGCUGCUGCUGCCGAUGCCGAUGCCGAUGGCGCUGCCGAGCCGCCCGCCCGCCUGGUGCAGCCGCCCUCGGUGGCCGAGUUGGCCUCGCAUCUGUGGUUCUUUAUCCACCAAUCGCGCGCGGCCCUGCCGCAUCCCGGCUCGGCCGAUGUCCCCGGCGCCGAGCGCCUCGUGGACCUGGACGGCCUGGCCGGGCUGCUGGCCGCCUGGUGCACGGAGAUCGCCCACCAGCGCCUGUGCGUCGAGCGGUCGCUGCACUCCCUGCGGGAGACCUUCGCCGAGGCCCUGCCGGACGAGGCGGCCGACGCGCCGGCCUUCGACCUGCUCCGGGCCUUUGUGGCCGCCCAGACGGCCGCCCUGGCUGAGGCCCCGCGCUCCGACGAGGAUGACCACACCCCGGCCCCGGCCCAGAGUGCGCUCGUUCGCAUGCUGUCCUCCCUGACGGAGGAGAUCUGCCUGCUCCUGAAGCUGGCCCUGCGCGUGUCGCGCCUGGCGCUGCUCUUCACCCACCGGGCGCAGAAUGCCCUCGACGAGCCGGAUGAGCCGCAUCUGCUCCGGUCCAUCUCGCACACCCUGGCCGAUGUGUAUGCCCAGCGCCGGCGCUUUGUCAUGAUCAUCGGCACCGUCCUGCUGUACGCCUUCCCCAGCACGCAGGACUCCCCGGCAUCCGGGCCCCGGCCCCUCACCUCGGGCGGGCUGCUGCGCCUGCUGGACCUGGCCCGGGCCUCGGUGCAUGCCUGCUCGCGCCGGGUCACCCGGCUGGCCGGGCUGCUGCUGGCGCGCGACGAUCUGGCGGCCCUGCUGCAGCCGGCCGCCCUGGACACCGAUCGGGACCUGGGCCUGCUCGGGGCCGGGGGCAGCCCCGGCGGCGGGUUCCCCACCAAGCCCUGGGCCACGUCGCAGUCGUCCCUCAGCUCGCUGUCCUCGGUGUCCUCCAUGUCGUCCAUCGGGUCGACGGCCGGCGGCCCCGGGGCCAGCAGCGUGGCCGGGUCCUUUGCCCUGUCGUCGGCCGAAAUUGCCGGCGGCAACGCCGGGCACUUGGGGGCCGGCCCCACGUCGCCGACCGACUCGCUGCCCGGCACGCGGCCCGCGUCCGACGCCAGCCUCGGGGACUUGGACCUGGGCAUCCCCGGCAUCGGUGGCGGGGGCCCGGCCGGCGGGCGCCGGUCUUGGGGCACCCUGCCCCGCAACCAGAAGAUCGACCGGUUCUUCGGCGAGGCCGGGGCCCACUCGACGGCGCGCGCGGCGGCCGCCCCCUCGGCCGACGAGUCCCUGGCCACGGCGCUGGCCCUGUCCUCGUCCUUCUCCGGCUCGCUGUCGGACUUGUCCAGCAUCGCCCCGGCCGGGGGGGACCCCUUUGCGCCGCUGCUUGCCGACCUGCCCGGCGAUCCGUCCAUCAUCUUCAACCUGGAGGGGGCCGUCCGGGCGGCCACCAUCGACCGGAUCCUGGACCGGCUGACGCACCACUCCUGGACCGACCCGGCCUUCACCGACAUGGUCAUCCUCACGCACCAGUACUUCCUCACGACGCCGCAAUUCUUCGCCAAGCUGCUGGAGCGCUUCUUCGAGCAGCCGAAGGAGGGCAUCUCCGAGGCGGCGCGCGAUUACUACCUCCGCUUCAAGAUCGUCCCCAGUCGCUAUCGCGUGGGCCAGGUGUUCCUCCGGUGGGCGGAGCUCUUCCCGGAGCACUUCUCCAUCCGGCCACACCCGGACACCGACCCCCGCGCGGGGGAGGUGGCCCCGCUGGAGCGCGAGCUCAGGAAGAUCGCGGCGGCGGCCGCGCGCGCGGCCGCCCCCGGUGGCCCUGGCGACGACCCCUCCGAUCUGCCGGAGGCCCCGGCCGCCGGGCCCGACCCUGCCGCCGGGACGUCGGAGGCGGCGGCGGCGGCGGGUGCUGCCGCUGGCGCCCCCGCGCCGGCGGCCAAGGGCCCAGCCCCGGUGCGCCUGGGCGGCCCGACGGCCAGCCCGCUGUUGGCGUCGAUUGCUUCGGCCGCGGCGGCGGCCGCCGUGGCCGGCGGCCACCACUCGGCCCUGUCGCCGGUCAGCCCGACGGCGCCGGAUGCCGGGGGGGCCGGGCAGCGGACCGGUGCCCGGCCGGCCGGGCCGCCGCCCCCGCCGCCCCCCGGCGGCAGUGGCCCCGGCCCCGGCCUGGCGGCCGGUGCGCCUGGCGGUGGGGAUGCCGACUCGGCGGCCGCCGGGACCCCGCUGCCGCCGCCGCCGCCGCCGCCACUGCCGAUCGGCGACCAGACCGACGACCGGAUCCUGUACAACUCGGCACAUGCCGAGGAGGAGGCCUUCAACCCGCUGGCCUUCCAGCUGGUGGACUUCAUGUCCGGGCAUUUGGCGUCCAUGAUGCCGCGCGAGUGCGCCCGGCUGAAUGCCAUCGCCACCGGGGCCGUCCGGCCGCUGGAGCCCUCCUUCACGGAUGAGCUGUUUGCCGAGCAGCGCCACCACAACUCCCGCGUGCCCCGGGCGUCGGCCCCCUCCAAGACCUUCACCCGCCGGUAUACCACCAUUUCCCUGGCCAUGGCCAUGAGUGGCAUCGGCAUUCAGAUCAGCAGCAGCCGCUCCGGCAGCGGCAUGACCACCAGCAGCCUGACCGGGGGCGAGCCGGCCGGGGCCGGCGGCGGGCCGGGCUCGGGGGGGGCCACCCCCGCCGCGGCGACCGCCGUGGCCACGGCCGCCGCCACGGCCGCCGACGACAUCUCCGUGGUGUCCGGCGGGCAGGUGCUGCACCUGCUGCCGACCACCUCGCAGGCCAUCAUCAACAUCCUGUCGGCCAAUGUCAGCGUGGCCGAGGCCCUGCUGAAUCUCGACCCGUCGGAGGUGGCCCGGCAGCUGUGCCUGCUGGACUUCGCCCUGCUGCGGGUCAUCCGGCCGCGGGACUUCCGGCUCCAUGUGCGGGAGAAGCGCCCGGCCGAGGCCGGCUCCAUCACCCAGGCCAUCCGCCAUGCCACCGGGCUGACGUGCAUGGUGCUGCACUCGGUCCUGGAGCCGGGGAUCGAGCCCAAGGUCCGGUCGGAGCUGAUCCGCUUCUGGAUCGAGGUCCUCAUCAAGCUCCGGUCGUACCGGAACUUCAACGCCAUGAUGGCCAUCAUCGGGGCGUUGAACUCCUCGAGCAUCCACCGGCUGAAGAAUGUGUGGAAGAAUGUCUCCCGCCGCGACACCCAGGCCCUGGAGGACAUCCGGGAUCUGCUCAGCUGCCGGCGCAACUUCAGUGACUACCGGGCGGCGCUCAAUGCGGCCGAGCUCCCGGCCCUGCCCUUCCUCGGGGUGUACCUGACCGACCUGACCUUCAUCGAUGAGGGGAAUCGCGACUUCACGAUCAACACGGCGCCGGCCACCGGGGCCACCCUCCCGGCCGGGGUCGAGCCCGGCGCCACAUUGCACCUGGUCAAUGUGGACAAGCUGACCAAGAUUUCCACGGUGCUGCAGUCCUUCACCCGGUUCCAGGUGGUCUCGUACAGUUUCGAGCCUAUUAGAGACCUGCAGUCCUUCUUCAAAAACACCGAGGCCUACGAGCACUCCGACGAGCACUUCUACCAGCUGUCGCUCCGGGCCGAGGGUCGCGAUGAGUAG